GUGAAUAUGGCCAAAGUAGUACUAAUUAGUCAUCCCAAAGUCUAGAGCCUGCCGCUCCGCUUCUCACUUAUCAAUCUCAUCGUCGGCCGCGUCGUCCUCUUCCCCAUCCACAAAUCCACAGAUAGGCACAAACGAGGGUUUUCCGCUCCCACGCCUCACCGCUCGCCGUGAACCCUUCCCACCGCUGCACCUCCGCCGUUGAGAUGCCGCGCACUAUGGGAGGGAUGGACCACACCGGCGGCGACGCCCGGGCCACUGGCGAGGGGUCGAGCGGGUGGCAGGGCCGGCUUGAUGUCCUCGCCACUGUCCUGGAUCUUCAUCUAGAGGAGGUGGCUCCUUCGCCAGUGCAAGUGAAUCUUCUGCCGCGGCUGCUGACUCCUCCAACCGAUCAUGUGGUCGAUGACGACGACGAAGGAGAAGAGGUUCUUCGGUCACAACAGGUGGCUCAUCAGCCGGAGCAGGUGGCUCCUCUGCCGCAGGCGGUUCGUCUUCUGCCACUGGAUCCUCUUGUGCCCGAGCCUGUGGUUGCCGUCGACGUCGACGAAGAUAUACUAUCUAAAGAUGUCGAUAGUGACGAAGAAGGCCAGAUGAUCUACAGGACGCGCAACGGGAGGGAGCUUGUCGGUGGUGUGCAUGUCAGACGUGUCAGUCCUAUUGCUGGGGGCUACGGAUGACCUUUCUGCAACCGCAAGGUUAAUAACACCUGUAUGAGUCAUGCAGCAUGCACUCGGACGAGCCGCUAGCCGCGCCCAUGGCUAUGCUUCCAAGAUGGCACACGCCAUGCUUGCUGAGUUCUUGGAGAGGGUUUAGGGCAGCGCGCGCACCCUAGCAACUAGAAUGGAAGCUCUUUUGGUCUGAACUAGAUUAAGUACUACCUUAUUUUGUGGUAUGUUGGCAAGACUUUAUGGAUGAACUAUGUUAAGAAGUAUUGUAUGCUUACUGUUGAACUAUGGUACAACUAUGCAUGUUAAGUUGGGUGCCGACUAUAUCUGACGUACCAGUGCAAUGCAAUUGCUGCCUUGAGCUGCAAUCAGCUUGGUAGAUAGAAAUCCAAGCUUCUCGUAUAGCAACCUAGGAUUGGAAUAUUGAUGCUUUAG